GUCACUAUUGACUGUCAGUCUAUCAGUCAAAUUGUCAUUGCAAUUUUGGUAAAUGCAAUGGAUCGGACACCAAUUUUAAUUGAUUUUAUUAGUUAAUUAGAAUAUAUAAAAUAUUAUUUACAUUAGAUCGUUACAACCAUGAAAGAAAAAUGGAAUUUUAUUUUGUAUUUAGUAUGGUUCGCCUACUUGAUCCUGUCAGCGGUUCUCAUGUUCGGGCAUGGAUUCCUGUUGUCUCGUAAAACACUGAGUGAUGUGACUGAAUGUGUGCCGCUUGAUAACUUCGGAUGCGAUGGACACGAAAACUCUACUGUGAAGGGUUAUUGCGAUGAAGAAGAGAAAAUUCGACGUAUAGUGGCUGUGCCUGGCGGUCCGCUGGCCUGCGUUCCCAAGCAGUCCAGAGUGGUGUUUUUACUAGUUGAUGCACUUCGAUACGAUUUUACUGAGUAUGAUGAGAGUAUAGUGAAGCCAUUGCCUUAUCAGAAUCGUUUGCCAGUAAUGCGCGAGAUGUUGGACCGCUGGCCGGACCGCACGCGCCUCUACCGGUUCAUGGCAGAUCCGCCUACCACCACGCUCCAGCGUGUGAAGGCGCUCGCCACGGGAUCAUUGCCGACCUUUAUCGACGCAAGCUCGAAUUUCGCAGCCAUGGAGUUACAGGAAGACAAUAUAAUUGAUCAAGUGACAAGGAAUGGAGGACGGGCAGUAUUGCUUGGAGAUGAUACUUGGUCCCGUCUUCUACCAAAGCGCUGGUUGAGGUCACAUGCCAUGUACUCAUUCCAUACAUGGGACUUGGAUACUGUUGACAAUGAAGUUGAUGCUAAAAUAUAUGAUGAACUAAGAAGAGAUGACUGGAACCUGUUGGUGGCUCAUUACCUUGGAGUAGAUCAUGCAGGGCAUAGAUAUGGGCCUAACCACCCCGAGAUGACAAGGAAGCUGGAUGAAACUAAUACUCGGUUGAAAAAGGUCAUUUCUAUGUUGCCACCAGAUGUUCUUUUGUUUGUGGUUGGAGAUCAUGGGAUGACAGAAAAUGACUCACAUGAAUGGACAAAUUCAAAUGGUGACCAUGGAGGUGAAAGUAAAGCUGAACGCACGGCGGCGUUGUUCGCGUACCGAGGCGCGGGUUUGGCGGGAACUGGAGUGGAUUUAAUGAUAGGAAAAGAAGUGCAGCAAACUGAUCUAGCACCGACACUCAGUGCGGCGUUAGGGAGACCACCCCCAGCACCCUCACUAGGACAUCUUCUUUUACCUGUCCUGCCGCAAGCCAGCAAAAGCCAUACUCUGCUACAUAUUACCAACAAUUUAAAACAGAUAACGCAAUACAUGAUUCGCUAUGGCGAGGAAUCCCAGCAAGUGUCACUCGACCGACUUGCGCAUCUUAUCAACACGACAAGGGAACAAUUACACAAAGCCGCCUCCAUUGAAACUGACGACGACCUCAACAAUUACGCAGCGGACGUCAGAGCACUUGUCGACAAUGUACGAAAUGUUUUCCGAGAAGUCUGGGUCGAGUUUGAUUCGUUGUCUAUGCUUAGAGCUUUGUUACUUCUUCUUUUGGCCAUAUUUUUCAAUUGGUUGAUUACUGAGGGUAUUCCUAUGGAACGCCUUCCUAAUGUAUUCGCUAGUACUUUUGUCCCGACUGGGCUAAUAUCUAUGGCGGUUUGCAUCGGCGUGUGCUACACAGCAUUUUAUUUCAAGUUCCUAGAAGAUUUAGAACACGCUAUUAUUCUGAGUACUGGAUUAAUAUCAGCCAGUGUAACUUGCGUUUUAAUAAUCAUGCACUGGGAUGGGAUUGCACAGCGGUGGUAUGAGGGACGCUCACAGUUCUAUGAACGUUUCGCUCGAGCGGCUCUCGCGGCCUCCGCGGCAGUAUUGGUGUCGAACAGCUACAUUAUAGAAGAAGGCGCUACCCUCGCGUUUUUGUGUAUGACUGUGCUAGGCUUGAUGGCUUGGAAUAUAGGCAACUUUACCGCGUUGUUGUAUUGGAUUGCUUGUGGGGUAGCGUUUGCAGCUACUAGGUCGUAUCGCGGUUGUAGAGAGGAACAGGGAGAUUGUUGGACGGCUGGUGCGGGCGUACCGACGGGACAGUCGUCGCGACCAGCGUUAGUGCUGGGCAUGGGGACUGUGGCGGCUGUGGUAGCUAUAUGUAGGCGCCAUGUAGGCUGGCGGGGUUAUUGUACUGUAGUGGCGGGGUUGCUGGCCUGUUCUCACUGGGCGACAGGUUACGGAUCACUGGGGUCUCCCAGCCGUGCCAAGCUGUUGGCUCGGGCUGCGUGGUUAGUGCUGGCAGUGAUGCUAGCAUUGCUGUGGAAGCGCGAAGGCCGUGGCGCCACGCUACCUCUGAUGGCUGCUGGCCUCAUGCUGUUUGUCGCCAAUACCUUAGUUCUCGGCGUGUCAUACGCCCCUGCCGCUGUGCUAUCCUUAGUACUGGCAUGUUUAGCCCUCAACAUAGUUGCUAGACUGAAGAGCGAUGGGUCUACGAAAUUUUCUUUGGCAACUCGAUGCAAUUCAAGCGUGGCUUGUAUGUGGGCGUUACUGGCGUCGUACGCCUUCUACGGCACGGGUCAUCACGCGACACUGGGCCACGUGCGAUGGGCUCCUGCCUUCCAUGCCGGGGACCCCAACUAUCUGGACAUUGGACCUCCUAUUACCGCUUCUUUGGUCUCACUUGAAUUAUUCGGUACUAUGUUAGCUUUUGGCGCUGCAGUACCUCUCCUAGCGCUAUGGGGCCAGAAUGGAGCGGCCAAAGUAGGGCCUCGCACGCAGCUAGCCGCCGUCUUCUCCCUGUGCCUGAAAUUUAUGCUUUGCUUCGCUAUUAGGGUAUUUGCGUGUGCGAUCUCAGCAACGAUUCACUGCCGUCACCUAAUGAUUUGGGGUGUCUUUACACCGAAGUUGUUGUUCGAGGCGGGCGCCUGCGCCGCCGCCCUGGUCGGGACUGUGUUCGGGGCCACUCUAGUCGCCUGGCACCUUCCCACACAACACCGCUCUAGUUGACACAAACGGUUACAUUAGCUCGUAAUUUUAAAUUGACUGGAUCAAUGGGGGCCUCGUUUUCUUACAUAAACACUUAUAAACAUUAUUAUUCGUUGACACAAGAAAGUGAUUGUAUUAUACUUUCUGUACCUAUACAUUUUAAAAUGACUAGAAUAAUAAAGUUUUGCAAUUAGUACCUGAAUAAGUAUUCUAAAGACAAUUAGGUAGUAAUUGUUGUACUGUUGUAUACUUGCCUAAAUAUGGCAAGUUGUUAUAUAGUAAUUUAUUCACUAUACUUUUGCUUUAGUACUCAUAUUGUACUCAUUAUUUUUACCAGAAAAAAAGAAAUGUGUUUUGAAAAUCUACUGUGAUUUUGUGACCCAAAAAUAUGAGAUUCCUUUAGACUAUAAAAGGCAAUUUGAAAAUCAUAAAAAAUAAGACUAUUUUAGUAUUUUUUUCCUACAAGGCUGCAACCAAAUAUUUAUUUUACAUUAGGGACUGUCUUUACAUGAAAUUGUUGCUUUCUAAGAAAAAUCGAAAGCAUUUUAUGAUUUAUCUGCCAAAUUACUAUGUAAAUGUUGAUAGUAUAGUCAUUUAAAAUUAUGGUCAGAUUAUAUCUUGUCUGAGGCCCUCACAUUUUUUGCUUGGACAGACUGUUGUAUAUUAGAAUAUAAUUGUAUUGUUUCGGUUGAGAUUAUCGAGAUAUUAUAUAAUGCAUGAGAAUGUGAAAGACAUUUAUAAUGUUACAUUUUAUUGGAAUGUUUUACUGCGUGAGUUGUAAAGUUUUUUACCAAGUUACGGGUUUACUUUUGUGCUUAAUGGUUGUAUUAAUUUAAUCUUUUUAUACUUACGAUGACGUUAUGUCUAAAGCAUUUUAAUAUAAUAGAUAUUAAACAUGUAUUUUAAUAUAAUUUAAAUUAUUUGAACAAACACUGCCAUAGGCUGUUAGUUGUUAUUGAAGGUAAUGUUUAAAAUAUUGUUAUUUCAUUGAUUGUAUUAGAAAUUAACUUAAUGUAGAUUCAAACAAUCAGUAUUUGUUCUAGUUGACAUACACUAAAUUAUAGUUAUGUAUUAUAACUUAAAUCGCCAUAUUUGAAGGAUAGAGUAGUGAUUUACUAGUUAUUCUAUUGGCAUUAUGAUUUUCGGUUUUAAAUCACUAUGAUUUUUUUAUAUUAUGAUAAUAAUAAAGAUUUUUAGCACACAACCAUAUUUUAUUUUGUAAAUAAUAAAAUAAUGAUAUAUUAUAACAUUUAUUUUCUAGAAUACUAUGACUUUACUGUCAAUGUGUGGAGAAUAUAGUAACAAUAGAUACAAAUUAUAUCUUCAAACCCCAGAAUUAUAGAAUUGUGGUCACGUAACUGGCAACAGUUUAAAUUCAAGCUUGUGACAAAUAGCACCUUCACUCACCAAAGAUUAAUUUAGAAACGAAUAAUUGAACUGGAUAUAAAAUUCUUUGCACUGAGAUAGACACGCACAGUACUGGGCCAGUAAUGGGCAGAUCACGUGGCUGGUGCGGGCGGCUUGUAGGGGUUCAGCAGGUAUUCGGAGAACGCGUUCACAGCGGCGGCGCCUCGAACUUCUUUGUCCAGCAAAGGCAGUUUUGUAACGUGGAAGUCUUCAUACAAGUCUGCAAUCUGUUCUAGAUACUUCUCCUGCACUUUAUGUCUCGCCGCGCACAAGUCACACGGCGCCGACGAUCGCAGUAACAGCUGGUUGACGAUAAUGUUGUGUGUGUCAAUACCGCAUCGCGUCAACUCCUGAACUAGGCGCUCAGUCUCGUAAAGCGAAAGGAACUCGGCAAUACAGACACACACAAAUGUCGUUUGGUUUGGAUCUUUGAAUUGAGUGUUCACUUGUCUUAUAACAGAAAGCAUUUCAUCCAUUUUGUUGCUAAACAUGUCUGAAUUGAACUCUGCUAAGCCAAACAGAGUUGCUACUUGGUUGAUGAAUGGGGCAAC